ACUAAAGUAAUACCACCCAUAAUUUUUUGGCAAAUGAAAAUUAUCGAGUACAAAAAUGCCACCAAAAGCAGAUACACAACCAAAAACUAAAUCAGAAGCUAUAGUAGAUAAAAAAAUAGGAAGUCUUAUAUGCGGUUUUAAAAGUCCAGGACCGAAAUAUCACCUUCAAACAUUGGUCGGUUAUAAAGAGCAUUGUCUUUCAAAAUAUCGAAAUCCAGCAUAUACGUUUGGUUAUAGGCAUCCUCGUUUACGAAAAUGUGAAGUACCAGGACCAAAAUACGUAUUUCCAACGCCCAAACCUAAUGGUUUUUCAUUUGGACUAGUUAGAAGGCCUAUCGUUACUUCUUGCGGUCCUGGCCCAAAAUAUUCAUUACCAUCUCCAAAGGGACCAGCUUUUACAAUAAAAUUCAGAACUAAAGGAAGACAACUUUGCAUUGGACCAGGUCCUUAUAAUGUAAAAACUCCUAUACCAGGUCCAGCUUUUUACAUGGGACAUCGUCUACCUGGUUUAAAAUGUGAUCCUACACCAAGCCCCAAACUUUACAGUGAUAUACUGGUCAAACAAAGAGUACCAGCAUACCAUAUAACUUCCAAAAGAGAUAAAAAAAUAAUUUGUGCUUCUCCCGGCCCUAAAUACUAUCCUAAAACUCCUAAACCCAUGCCUAUGUUUUCCUUUAGAAUCAAACAUAGCGAAUGUGCUCCUCCUUAUAUCGUUGAAUGCGAUGAUCAGUGUUAAAAUUUUGGCAAUUGUAAAUUAAAACUGUAUACAUUUAUA